GAGGAGCACCCAGUAUGGCGGCGAGCGCGUCCCAGCCGCUCUGCCAGCCGUGCGUUUACCACGAAGCCUUCAAAGUGGAGCUGCAGGUGAGGAGACCUCUGAUGCCGGUCCAGCUGAGUCCGGAGCAGGUGGGCCUGGAGAUGUUGUGUCUGUGCGGGCAGCUGGACCUCCUCAUCAGGGCCCAGAUGCAGCAGUUCCAGGAGCAGUUGGGUCAGGGCUGCAGCCCGGAGGAGGAGGACACGUUCCAGGCUCAGGGGUCCGAGAUUCUGGACCAGAUGCUGCAGUGCCUUGAACAUCUGCCGAAGCCCAUGCCCCAGCUGGAGGACUACCUGGACAUGGUGGGGCUGUCGGUGAUGUUCCCCCGGGUGGAGGUGUUCCUGAUUCAAGGCAGCCCCGUGGACAUGCUGGAGAGCCCCGCGAUGGACGAAUACUUCUCCCACGUCGCCAGACUGAACCAGCUCCUGGUGUUGAGUCAGCAGCUGGAGGAAGACAUCAGGCACCUGGGAAGUCACAGAUACAUCGCCCACCAGCUGUCGGUCAUCUAUCAAGUCGUCAGCUCCUUCAGAGGAAUUCAGGCUUUCUCCGAAAUGAAGAAAGACAUCGAGGCCAACUUCAAACAGGUGAAGCGGUCUCUGGCAGCGGAGGAAGGCACCAGGCACUCGCCGCAGCUCGCCACCCACUACAUCAACUGGAUCUUAGAGCUGACUGAAGGCUUAACGACGGUGGUGUUGACGCUGCCGGAGGAGCUCACGGAAGACAUCGAGCAGGCCGUGACCUUCGUGUCCCAGUUCCUUUCCUAA